GCAUAAAUUAAUACAACCGCAUCAGCCAAGUAAGCUGUUAAGCGUCCUUGCUCGAACCUGGAACCAGCUGUCUGCUGCUAGUGCCGAGGCGCCCAGGCAACCUGGUACACCAACCUCUAAUCAUAAGGGCUACGUGGGUGUACCGUGUCACAGUUGAAAUGUAGAGUUGUUGUAUCAAGGGCCUCAACCUUUCACUUGAAGCGCUGAACGGUGGUAUAUCUAGCACGAACACUAGAUUGUUAUAACCCAAGGGCUAACAUCCUCUACUCGUUCACGCUCAACUCUCAAACAUGACUGUAGUCUCGAAUGAUCCUAGUUGGUGGCCGUUCAUCAAUUCGUAUCUUUUUCUCAGCUACUGGAUAGUUGCCGCAGGCCUCGUGGUGGUAUACGAUUGGGUACUAACACUCGGAGAAGAGAUUGAACUGAUCUGGACGCAACGUUGGUCUCUUAUGACUGUGCUGUACCUGGUUAUACGUUAUGUUGGAAUACCAUAUUCUGUUGUCAACGUUCUGGCAAAUAUGACAAUUGUCUCGCUGACAGAUGCAGUGAGCAAUAUCAUGUACAUCACAAUAAAUGUGAUAAAUUUGGUCGUAACCGCCAUGUUGGGCGUCAUCAUGAUCGCUCGGUUGUAUGCCAUGUACCAGGGAUCUGGGAAGAUGCUUAUCCUUCUUGUCAUUGUUUUCCUGGCUGUGAACAUCGCCUGCGGAGUAAUCGCGAUAAUAGGACUCAAGUAUGAUUUCGUAUCGGAGAAGCUAAUACUCUCUGGCAUUCAGAUAUGCGGUGGAUAUGAUGGGGAUGCUCAGCUUCUGGUGUCAAUGGUCUGGAUCCUCAACACUGUUUGGGAGGUCUUCGCACUGUGUCUUUCGGUCUGGAUCGCUACUAAGCACUUCCGUGACCUGCGACGACUCGGCCCAUUGACGGGAUCUACCAUCGGGGAUUGUUUCAGAGUGCUCAUAGGAUCUCACGUGCUUUAUUUUGCAAGCUUUGCUGGUGUCUCUUGCUUCCAGCUUGUUAUUCUCUCUCCAGAGCUUGAGAAUUCAAAUUCCAUUGGAGUUGAGAUACUCGGUGGUGCUAUUCAAAUUUUAUUGUCCGUGCAGAUGUUUGUGCUGGGACCACGCCUCAUCCUUAGCGUUCGACAAUAUCACGCCAAACUCGUGGCCGUAUCCGACGCAGAAACUAGCAUGAAUUCGAUCGUCUUCCAGGAGCGUGUACAUGUACCAACUAGCAGUACUGUGUAGGAAGUGGUUGCGGAGUGUUCCGCAUGGAGGAGAUAUUUGGUCGAGGAUCCAUCGCAAUAUUUAUUCUAGUUAGUUAUGGUG